CCGUGCGUACCAGUCCUUCCCCGCGGCGCGUACAGAAACCCCGGGGCUCGGUCCUUCCUCUCCUCUCUCCUCUUCUCCUCCGCUCCCCCCGCGCUCCAUCCUCCGUCCUCACGCCACCGUCCCUGGACUCGACUCCUCUCCGCGGUGCGUGGAUGUUUCGACCGGUGAUCGCGCUGCUGCUGGCGGCCGGGCUCUGCUGCGGUCCUCCGGGGAGCGAGGCGGUGCAGAGCCGGGCACUCAACUACCGCCCCGUCAUCGGUAUUUUGGCCCAAGAGAACCUCCCAAAUGACCCCUCCCCACAGGGCACCUCCUACAUCGCAGCGUCAUACGUCAAAUACAUAGAGAGCGCUGGAGCCAGGGUGGUCCCCAUCAGAAUAAACCGAACAGAGGAGGAGUACGUGAAGCUCUUCAACUCUAUCAAUGGGUUGUUGCUGCCAGGGGGCGACAUUAACAUUGAGACGUCACUGUUCACGCGGACCGCCAAGAUUUUCUACAAAUUGGCGUUAAAGGCGAAUGAUGCGGGGGACUACUUUCCUCUGUGGGGCACAUGUCAGGGCUUCCAACAGCUCAGUGUCCUCACUGCCAACAAGAACCUGCUCACGAGCACAAACACUGAAGCUGUAGCUCUGCCCCUCUCCUUCACCCCGGCGGCUCAGACCAGUCGACUCUUCAGACACUUCCCAAAAAGCCUCCUCCACGCUCUGUCCCAGGAGAACAUCACCGGAAACUUCCACUCCUGGAGCCUGUCUCUUCAGAAUUACAGCAGAAAUGCCAAUCUCAAGAGGUUCUACAAGGUUCUGUCCACCAACACAGACGGGAAGCUAGAAUUCAUCUCCACUAUGGAAGCCUAUCGUUACCCCUUCUACGCCGUACAGUGGCACCCGGAGAAGAGCCCCUUUGAGUGGCUUGACAAACCCGGCAUGGUCCACUCCACCACCGCUGUUCAGACCUCCUUCUACACCGCCAGCUUCUUUGUCUCUGAAGCGAGGAAGAACCAGCACAAGUUUUCCAGUGAACAGGAGGAGGAGAAGGCUCUCAUCUACAACUAUACCCCCUAUUUUAAAUCAAACACCUUUUACUUUGUGCAGAACUACUACUUUGAUUAAUACGACCUGUGGAUCAAAAUAAACCACAAAUUACACUCACCAAAAUGUUAUGUAUAUGCAAUGCUUUUCUGUUUUUCUACGUUGAGCGCCCCGAUUCACCUACAGUGUCUUAUUUAAAGGCACAGUACCUGAUUUUUAUUGUCUUAAAAACAUAACUUUGAUUUUAAAUUAUUUGCUGAGGUCCAAAGUUAUUCCUCGUUUACCUUUUGCAUUCCAAGCAUCCUAAUUAUUCACUGCAUUUUUUUAGUUUAUAAGAGUUUUUCAUAACUUUCAGAGGCCAGUUUACAGUAACUAGCAUGCAAACUGCGCAUUUCCUGAUUAUCAGACGGACCAGACUUUUUAAAAAUCAGGUACAGGGCCUUGAAUGUAAAAUUUAAGUUUGUUUUCAGACAGGAGAAUGUGUCGUCUGUUUCGUAAUCAUAAUAAUAUAACCUCAUCAUGCUGUAUGUAAAGGUGCAUUGUGUAACUUUUCUGAUGGAGGGUCCAUCAAAUGCUUUUCUAUCAUCAUGGAGACCAAAACAGGCAAAGUUACAGGUCAGAUCUGUGGAGAGGCGACCAAACUCAGUCAGAAUGUCUAAUUUUGAGCUAUUUUUGAGCUAUAAUACCACCUUUAAUUGACUAAAUAUAAGGUAGAGCUGUUUAAUGCCACACUUUGGAACAUUUCAGGCACAGCAAUGACGUCUCCAUAGAAACAAGUAGUUGACAGACCUCCAACCGAAAAGUUACACAGUGCACUUUAAGGUUUAUCGUCACAAUCAUGUCAUACUAACAAUAUUAUAUUCAUAUAUGCACAGAAAUUCACCGGGCCCUAUUUUCCUUUUCCAGAUAAUUAAAGCUGCACUAUGUAACUUUUCUUGUCAAGGGUCUGUCAACUCUUUGCCCCUAUGAAAAUGUUGUUGUUUUGCCUAAAAUGUUUGGCAUUAAACAUAACUAUCUGGCAUUAAUUUAACUUUAUAUGCCUUGAAAAAUGUCUUAAUUCACCAGUCGGAUCUGUGUGUAACUUGCCCUGGCAGUGCCACAUUCUCGUUUCCACGGAGACAGAUAGACGUUAAAUGCCACUGGAACAUUUCUAGCGAUGACAUCUCCAGGGGGACGAGCACGUGACGGACCCUUGACCUUUAAUUGAAUGUACUGAAGGGUUCUUGAUGUUUGUUAUGAUCCUGGAAUAAAUGCUGUCGAUCUGUCCGUCUGUCUGUUUCUUUUCAGUUCAAAUCAUUUGGGAAAUAAUGUAAAUAAAAUAAUAAAAGGAUUCUUGCACUAA